GCUGUGCCUGUUUCUUAGUCUGUGCCAAUCGAUGUUUAUAAGCAAACAAUAGAUGUGUAUUUAAGGAGAAUAGCCAUGUUUUACAAAUCAGUUACAUCGGUUAAAACUUUAAAAUAGGAGACAAAACGUGAGGAGCCGCUUUCAACAUGUUCGGAUUUAAACUGCUAUUGGUGGCGGCUGCAGUGGCGAUUGUGUGUGCUCAAGAGCCAGCCAAGCCCGAGGUGGAGGUACUGACGGAGACCAGCUUUGUGGACCCGAAAGGAUAUCAUUUUGAAUUCAAAACUAGCGAUGGAACAUCCCGCAAGGAGGAAGCGGAGUUGAUCACAGUCGGCGAGUACCAGGGCAUCGGUGUAAAAGGGUCCUACUCGUUCGUGGCCCCCGACGGACAGGAGUACCUUGUCGAAUUCACCGCCGACGAGAAAGGGUACAGGCCCACCCUCCAGCUGGUUCCUCAGCACGGACAAUAAAUAGUUUAAAUUGUUA